UUUUUAACAUUACAUUGCUUAUACAUAUGUAAAAAAUGCUUCAACAGGUCUUCAAUAUUCGGUCGAGAAUAUUGUUGCAUGAACUUUUCAUGCAUCCUUUCAACUUUCCAAAGUGUCCUUUUAGAGCAAGAUGUUUUGCCACUUUUUCCCAGACUUUGCAUUUGUUAUUUUCAGCUACUAGUUUAAAGCAGAAUGUCAAAUCAUUGACUUCAUUUGUCUACACUUCUCAUCGUACUUGUCCUUCAUGCUGCUAAACAGCAUGCAUUUUCUUCUUCUACGACUUUGGAUUCUGCAGUUGUUUCUUUGUAGUUUGUUUUCAUCUAUACAGACAUUAUCAAAUCUUAAACACCAGGUACUUGUAUUCCGUGUGUUUCUAGUUGAUACAGCAGGGGGGAAAAGGGACAUAGUGUUCCUCCUUGACAGUUCUGAAGACUCCAGAAACGGAUUGCCGGCCAUUCGACAAUUCAUCAGAAGAAUGGCAGAAGGACUAGACUUUGAUGGGGAAAACAUUCGUGUGGCGGUUGUUCAGUAUAGUGGCGACACCAGAGUAUAUUUUAAUUUGCUAACACAUAAAUCCAAAAGAGCUAUAAUUCACGCUGUAAGAAGUCUUCGCCAUAAAGGGGGUGUACCUCGCAACACUGGUACAGCAAUUCAGUUUGUUCAGGAUAACGUUUUCACCGCUUCUUCUGGAAGUAGACGUUUGGAGGGAGUCCCUCAGAUUCUGUUUGUACUUACUGGAGGCCACUCCAAUGAUAAUGUCGCAGUCGCUGCAAACAAUCUGAAGCAACUUGGGGUUCUCUCUUUUGCAAUCGGAAUGAAAAACACAACAGUUGAAGACCUUCAAGAAAUUGCGUACUCCUCCAAAUUCGUUUUUAACUUACCAGUCUUUGGUGAACUCUUGUCUAUUCAGCCGGAAAUCCUUGCUUUUGUCCAAUCAAAAAUGGGAAUCAAACCGCCUACUAUUGUAGGUAAGAAGUAUCAUUGAUUCUAUGCUGGGAAUCAAUGUGAUCUUGCGCGAUCUUGGUACUUGUAUGUGUAGAUAGUAUUCUCCUUAUCAUUUCCAAUGAAAUCAUCGUCUUUUGAGGAAUACUAUUGUUUUGUUUCAUGCAAACAGUUCUCACUUGAUGCCUGCCUGACCUCAUGGAGCAUGUUUGUUCCCAUUCAUAAGAUUAGCUCUAUCUUGAGCGAAUGAUAAACAGAUCAUUGACCUGACCUUUUACUCCAGAUUUUUCUGUUCCAUAUAAUUACUAUCUAACUUUCCUUUUUCAUUCAAAGACAAUGGAUGCACUUCCUUAACACCGUUUAUGUGUGGAAGUUUACAUGGAUUUCUUGUUAGCUAGAUAACCUUAAAUGUUUUGUAAUUUAAGACUACAUUUCCAAUUUUUGCAUGAAUUGUUUGCUAGACUUUCUAGAUGUGCAUGACAUUUUUAGCACUGCAAUGAAAAAUAUAUUUAUUGUUGUGGUUAAAAUAACAAUAAUAUAUGUUUGUCUUUUGUUUUAAAAAUGUACUUCCCAUCUCUCCUAGUCGAAUUAAAUGCAACACAGAAGGACAUAGUGUUCCUAUUGGAUGGGUCAGAUGACACAAGAAGAGAGUUUG